UGAACGUAAAAUAUAUGUAAAGUGCUUAGUGACAAUUUACGAUAUAUUCGAAAGAAAUCUUAAUACUUUAUAUUAAUAUUAUUUUAUGAUUAAUUAUUAAUAAAAGAUUAAACUUUUUGGAUAAAUAAAAUAAUUUAAACUUUAAUAACUUUUUUUAAUUUAAUCGCUGAAAAAUGGCUGAUCCUAAAUAUGCUGAUUUACCUGGGAUUGCAUAUGAUCAAGUUGAUGUUUAUGAAACUACUGAUUUACCAGAAUCAGAACAAUUUCAACUUUACCCUGAGGAUGAAACAGAUUCUAUAGAAAAAUUACAUAUUAGUGCCACAGAAGCAUUUAAUAAGUUUAAAAAUAAACAUGUUAUUAGCAAAGGAGUUGAUUUUUCAGAUCGAGUAUCACUCAAACCAAGAACUGGCUAUAAAUUUGGAGAUUGGGAAUUACCUGGAGAAGGAGAAAAAGAAACUCUUAUUCAAAAAUAUCAACGUUUACAAUGUGAAAUUAAAGAAUUAUAUGAAGAAGUGAAUGAUUUAAAAGAAAUAGGAAAAAAUGGAGAAGAUGAAGUAAAAUCUGUUGCUGGUGUGAUUUCUCAAGUACAACUUCUAGAAAAACAAUUAGAUUCCUUAAAAUUAGAAGAAUGUCUUGGAACUGAUCUUGUUGCUACUCUAUCUGAUCCACAAGGCACAAGAAUGAAACAAUUGAUAUCACAAAUAGAAGCAUUCAAGCAAACUAGUAUUCUUACUUCUGAUACUGAUUCAAAAGUACAAAAUAUAAAAGAUGAUAAAAUUAAUAAAACAGAACCUGGUGUACUCAAGUAUCAGAUGAUGUAUCUUCCAGAAAAAGCAAGAAUGCAAGAAGCAGCAAGAAUUGCAUUACUUGAACAAAGGCUUUGCAAUUUAGAAAGUGUCAUUGGAACAACUAGUGAUAAACUUUCUAAAUUUUCACAGAAUCUCAAAAGUCAAGGAGUAAUGGAAGCUCUUCAAGAAUUAGGAGCAAAAGCUGCAUUACUAGAUACUUAUCAAUUAGAUAUAAUUGAAAGUCGAUUAGCUACACUAAUUCAUAGGAUGGAUAAUAUUGCACAGAAAAAAGCUGCACUAACAUUAGAUUCAGAACAAGAACAAAAAAUUUCAGAAAUGUAUGAUAUCAUGAAACAGACAGAAACUAUGUCACAAAUUUUACCACAAACUGUAAAUCGAAUGUUGGCUUUAAAUACCAUUCACCAACAAGCUGCUACAUUCAACAAAUCUUUAAUGCGUUUAGAAGAAUUACAAUCACAAAUAACAUCCGAUUUGGAGAGUAAUAAAUCUCUUUUAAAAGGAGUUCAAGAAAGCUUUGCAUCAAAUUUAGAAAUUAUAAAAAAUAACAUAGAAUCAUUAGAUGAACGUAUUAAAAAACUUAACAAGUGAUAAUUUAUAAAAAUAUGAAUGAAAUUUUCGUUAUAAUGCUUCAAUUUUUUUAGCAAAUAUUUAUUAAAUUAUGUUAUUUACUAAUAUAUAUUUUCUAAAUGUA